UUAACAGUUAAACUAUCCAAACCCUUCUGACCUGGAGAUAUCUAUAUAGCCAUUUAACGAUCAGAAGAAAAAAGAGAGCCAUUUCCUCUCCUAAUGCAGACGACCUCUACUCCUCCUUCUCCCUCCUAACCUAACCCUUCCUCGCCGUUAACAUGAAACGACACCGUUUGCCUUCCAACCCCCACUUCACAACCUCAUGACUUUUCCUUCCCUCUUCACCCCCCUUCGAAUUUCCAAAACUACCCUUAUUACCCACUACACCACUCUCACACCCAACAAACCCAACCCUUGGUUCGUCAAAAUCGUUUCCACAGUCUUCCUUCUCUCCCCAAACUCAUUCAACCACACAUUUUCUCAUUACCUCGCUAACCACUUAACACCUUCACUCGCAUUAGACGUUAUCAAAAGACUAAAUAACCCUCAAUUAGGUUUCAAAUUCUUUCAAUUUACAAAGCAAAAAUUGAACCUCUCUCAUUCAUUUUGGACUUACAAUUUUCUUUUGAGAUUCCUUUGUCAACAAGGUCAACACAAUUCAGCUAAACUUGUUUAUGAUUCCAUGAGAAUUAAGGAGGUUGAUAGAGCGUGGGGUUUACUGAAAGAGAGUGAUUUUGCUCCUAAUGUUGUGAGUUAUACGAUAUUGAUAUCGGGUUAUUGUAAAUUGAGUAAGAUGAAGGAGGCUUCUCGUAUUUUCGAUGAAAUGGUCAGGUCCGGAAUUAAGCCUAGUGCGCCUAUUUUUAAUGCACUUAUUGAUGGAUUUGUUAAGGCGGGUGACAUGGCUUCUGCAUUAGGAAUACAUAAGAAAAUGAUUUUGUAUGGCUGUACUCCUGAUGUUGUCACUUUCACUUCGUUAAUCGAUGGAUAUUGUCGAGUCGGACAGGUGGACUAUGGUUUGGAACUUUGGCGUGAAAUGAAAGCGAGAAAUAUUUCUGAAAGUUUGUAUACUUUCUCUAUUCUUAUCAGUGCUCUUUGCAAAUGCAAUAGACUACAAGAAGCUCAUGAGCUUCUGAGACUGUUGAAGCAGAGUGACAUCGUUCCAAAGCCCUUUAUCUACAACCCUGUGAUUGAUGGUUAUUGUAAAUCUGGAAAUGUCGAUGAGGCUAAUGCAAUUGUUGUAGAUAUGGAGGAGAAAUGCAAACCUGAUAAACUUACAUUUACUAUUCUUAUUAUUGGACAUUGUAUGAAAGGAAGAGCGCCCGAAGCGAUUCGUAUCUUUUACAAGAUGUUGGCCACUGGUUGUUCCCCGGAUGACAUCACUAUUAGA